AGCGAGCUAGCAUAACAGGUGAAUCGAGUUUCAUCAUCCUUUUUCAUUUCAUUCCAUUGCUUUUCUCUUUUUUUUUUAUUACAUUCUCUUUUCAUUUUCUCUUGUAAUUUUUUUUAACGCUUUGAUGCCAUGGGACCUAUCCAAGAUCCUCACAUUGUUACCAAAAGACGCUCGUUCCGUAGUUGGCUACGAAAAAUCCGCGAUCAUCCAUCACGCAAACCUUUAUUGCAUGGCAGCAAGAAAUGCAACCGAGCCAUUUUCGGUGUUCCGUUGAUGGAGUCAAUUGUGUAUGCGAAAUCGGGGGUAGGGUACAUUGACCAAGAUAAUGUCAAACACCGAAAAGUUGCAUCGGUUCCUAUUGUGGUGGCAAAAUGUGGCGCUUACCUAAAACAACACGCGUUAUCGACGGAAGGCAUUUUUCGCAUUUCGGGAAGCACCAAGCGAGUCAAUACCUUGGAAUCACUUUUUGACCAGGCUUGCACGGAUUACGGAUUUCACGUCUCUUGGCAAGGCUACAGCGUCCACGAUGUGGCUACUUUGUUUCGCAGAUUUCUAAACAAACUUCCUGAUCCUGUGAUCCCUCUCCACUACUAUCAAGCCUUCCGCGAUAUCAUGAGUGACCGAUUUUACCACACCACUACGGAUCGUAUCAAUGCCUUUCAGGAAUUAAUUGGUCAGUUGCCAGAGGCCCACCAGCACCUGCUGCUGUAUCUGCUGGAUCUACUCAGCUUGUUUGCAAGCCAAGCCGCCGAUAAUCGCAUGGAUGCCGCUAACCUGGCCUCUGUUUUUUGCAUGGGAAUUCUACGCCAUCCUGAUCAUAAUACACCUAUUGAGUACAAAAUUUCUCAAGGCGUGAUUGAAUUCUUGAUUGAAUUUCAAAUACUUUUCAGCAUGCACUUGUUGAGCACAAAUCGGCCUUUGGACGACGACGAGGAGCCUGCAACGCCGCCGGUGCCGGCUAUUCCCGCGUGGGCUUACGCCACUCCAGGACCUCAGGCUGCUUCAACCGAUCACGCUUCAUCACCACUGGCCAUUGAUACCGAUGAACCGGCACUAUCGAAGCGCAGCUCCAUUUCUUCUGGCGAUCGCAUGGAUUCCGGAACGGAACUCAUUACACCCAUCGAUGCAGUUUUUGAUUCUCACCGAAAACCGAGCCAACCAUACCAACCCUUUGCAACCUCACCAACGUCCAACGCGGUUCCCUAUAGAAUUUUGCCGUUGACCGAUCAACUUGAACACACUAACCGUUCCCUCGAGCCUCCAUCACCACGACCAUCAGCAGCAGCAGCGACGCCAGCGACGACGACAACGGCUCGUCAAAUAGUGCAGACGACACCUGGCAAAGGCAUUCAAUCCUACAAAUUAAAAUUUGAUGUAAAACGAAUAUCGCUGUAUUUUUUACUGGGCAUAUCCAUUGCCGUCCUAUACAAGGCUUAUGCACUGCUACAGUCGUUCCAUUUGGUUACCCCAUGCGUAUUUAUGAGCGGUUUACUGGGAUGUCUGAUCUUAUUACAGCAGGGUGUCGGAUCGCGCGCCGUACCACCUGCUGCGGAGGACACUAAUGCACAGCAUGAUGACGAUGAAGCGCUUAUUCCGGAUAAUGGCAGUGACGAUACAGAAGAAGACCACCCAGUGGAAGACGAUGCGAUUCCUGACGAAGAGAUUCCUUCGGAAUGGCGAAGCUUGUUGCAGCGCUCCUGGCGAACCGAAUCCAUUUCCAGCCACGCUUCCACGCAUGAUGCAAUUUCUUCCAGCAUAUGGUUUGCUGAUCGAGCCAAGGAUGACGGUGAUCUGACCUCCAUGUUGAGUAUGUCCAGUCGAUUUGAGGAAGAAAUCAGAGACAGUCGCACCGGGCGACAGGAUAAUGAAGAUGAAGGAGACGAAGAUGAUCAAGAUCUGUUGGAUAUAACCGAAUCGGAACUACGCGAGCUCAUAGAACGGUAUGAACAGAUCCACAAGGAUGCGCAACUUGCAGAAAAGAUUCAAAAAGAAGAAGAAGAAGCCAACAAAUAUCGCGAUGCAUACAAUCCAUUUUUGAAUCACUCCAUCAAUGCUGAAAACGACCAUCGGAAUUUGCCACAACGUUCACGGUCUCAACAAAAGAAAAAAGCACAGCCCCAAGUUCCUAAAAGACCGCGAUCGUACUCUCAUGGUCAUGAACACAAAGAAGAAUGGAAACUUCGAUUUUAUCCACGAUAAAGUGAAUUACAAUACAAAGGUCACGAUUUAACAUCAUUGCAUUAUUUAAAACCGGAUCCCACCUUUCUGCUGAUGUGAUACUGUAAUGCUUGUUACUUUGUUUUUGUUCACUCUCUGCUAUCUUUAUUCUCUUCAAAAGAUUUUUUGUUACUUUUUUGUAGCCUUUUUCCAAGUUAUAUAUAAUUGAAAGAGUCAAUGGGGCUGAACACUGGUUUCUGAUGACUCCCAGAUCUUCCUCUUUCGGAUUAUAUUUUUUUCUCUGCAUGUUCUUGCUGUUGUUUCUAGCUCACUUGCCCUUUCACAUGCUCCUGAUACUUUUGUUAACUUUUUACUCCUAGAAUAAUCGAUUCAAAAAAAAAAUAAAAAAAAAAUACAGGGAUGAAAUUGAUC